AUGGGUUUCCUUGCAGACCAACUUCACCAUGUCGCUGCAGCAGGAAACCCUGUCCCAGUCCUCGCUGCUCCCGGCGCCGGCGUCGACAACGUCCAUGGCAGGCUAGAGUCGGAAGAGAGGGACUGGGCGAAUCUAGUCCAGGACGCUGUUAGGGAGAUCGGUGAGAAGCUGCUCGCGAUCGAUGCGACGGAAUACAUCCGCCUGAGAGCGGUCUGCAAGCCGUUGAGAAGCUCCACCGAUAACGAUAAUCGUCCAAGCUGGGAACCGUGUUUCUUCCCCAGGAACUGGGUGAUGCUUCACGAGGACGGGGAUGACGACGACGAGGCUCCUGUAGAACCGGCAGCGCUCCGUCGCCGCCGCUUUGUGAACGUGCGCACAGGUGCUGCGCUCUGGAUCCAGCUGCCGUCCUUUGAGGAGUAUGGCGAUUUCCUCGCCGUCACCGAGGGGCUCUUGCUUUUCUACUGUAAGCGCACCAAAACGUUUCUCCGAGGUGCCAGGCCUGGAGGAGAGCCAGAGCUCACCGCUGCCGCGGUCGUCGUCGACAGGAGGAAUACACCAGGGGGACAAGCCAUUAUUGUUCCCAACGUGGUGCUUGUCUUGGUCUCUCGACUCUCGCCGCCCAGGCACAGCACCGUGAUUCUUUGUGCCAGGCCUGGCGACUAUCACUGGGGCACCGUCGAUGCUGGCGUGGUCGAGGCGGUGGACGGCGGCGUGCUGCCGUUCGAGGGUGGCCUCACGCUGCAGGGGCGUUUCUACAUCCCAACGUGCCACGGCGACGUGCUCAGGGUUGAGCUCCACCCACAGCCUCACCUGGUGUACGUGGCUAGGCCGCCCGGUCGUGCUCGCUGCAGAUGCUGUGCUCAUGACGUGACCUCCUACCUGGUGCCCUCUCUGGAUGAUGCAAGUGGCAUAGGUGAGAACGAUGGGAUGUUGCUGGUGCGUGUCUUUGCCGAUGACCAAACUGAUGUCCGAAGGGUGCACCUUGGCAAUGGGAGCUACAGCCCAUUACCUCCACUUAGCAACCGUACCAUCUUUCUUCCUGGGCUGACACUCCUGACGGACAGGUUCCUUCGCUGGUUGAGCAAGGAGAAGAAGGAUAUGUGCACCUGCAUGAGCACAUUGAGGAUUACAUUGGCGACGUCGCUUAAUUAG